AACACAGCCCAGACCAAGCCUGGCUGGUCGGGGUAUUCGGGCAAAACUCACAAUUAAAUUAUAUUUGAAAGGAGUUUUUCCUGAUCACCCCACGUAGCCAAACCGCGCCUGAGCUGUAAUCGAGUGAGCUGCUUUGAAACUGUCCUUACGAAGGGCUCUGCCGGCACCGCCAGACCCACUGUGAACAGGGCCGUAGUUACCACUGGCUGCAGAAAGGUGAACAUGUCGCCUGUUUUGGAGUCCGCAAUUCUUUCGGAGACAGAAAAGAUGUUGAACGGGUCAUAUCCCACUGAGAAGAUGAAGCCAGAUCCAGACCUGGGUUCCGAGGAAAUCCCAUUGAAACACAAUGGAACAACUCAUGUGUCCAUCCCUCGCCAGGGUGGAGAGAGCAGCAAAAUCUGCCCUACAGGUUUGCUGUCUGGGUUGGAACCACGGGCACGUCGCUGGGCAGUUCCGAGUGUGGGUCUCAAUCUCGUACUGAUCAUCACCGUCAUCAUCCUCAUCAUCAUCCUCAUGGCACUGUCAGCAAAGAUAUCUGAGCCGUGUCCAGCUGGUCCUGCCCUCCUAGUGACCGCCUGCCCAGACGGCUGGAUCAGAUACCUGGGGAAGUGUUACUAUUUCUCAGAGGCUGAAGCAAACUGGACCAACAGCCAGAGCCACUGCUCCGCCCUCGGUGCCUCCCUGGCCGUGAUUGACACCCAGCAGGAAAUGAAUUUCAUGAUGCGCUAUAAAGAGCCCCACAACUAUUGGAUCGGCCUCCAGAGGGAACUGAACCAGCCCUGGAAAUGGACCAGUGGCACCGAAUUCAACAACUGGUUUCAAAUAGCGGGAGAAGGAUCAUGUGCUUUUGCAAACAGUGGCCAUGUUUCCAGUUCAGGCUGCUCCAGGGACAGACGCUGGAUCUGCAGCAAACCAGUGGAGAAACCAGAAGGCCGAGCAAAGUGACUGUAACCUGGAUGAGUCGGGCCUUGUCCUUUCCAUGGGGCUAUCACAAGCUGCCUCAGCGAGUGGGGAACUGGAUGGGGCUGGUGAAGG